UUAUAAACUUAAUAACAAGAUUCAACGAAGAUCAACUUUAUAUAGCGCGAGAGAGAAACAGUUCUGAGAUAAUCUGUACCUUAGAGCAUUUGGGCAACUGUAAAUGUCCAGUUGAUAGAACACAGGGAAUACAUACCUGAAGUCGUGACAUAGUUUAGAUUUAACGAGAGGGUUAUUUGAAAAUGGAACUGAGAACGAAACAUGCAGCUACUGUGUCGAGAGAUAUACACCAAGGGUCUUCGACGGCGUUUCCCACUACAAGAAAACAGGAAUUAAAAAGUGCUGGCGGAUCAGAAAACGAAGAUGGCUCGGUUCGGAAGUGCAUAAAUCCGAAAUAUGCAAACGAUACAAAACUGAAUUUGGACACAAUACAGAUCCAUAAAGAUGAGAUACGGAAUCAGGACAAAGGAUUAUACAACUUGGACGGAUCUGAUGGCGAAGACGCUACAGCUGCCACUUCAAAAGGUAUUUAUCAAGAGCCUUCUAUGACGUUUACUUCGGAAAGAAAACAGAAAUAUGGGAAAAGUUCAGUGAAAGAUUCGGAAAACAAAAAGAGAACAUAUCUCAUGGAUAUUUUAUAUUCAUCUGCAGAGUCAUUUAUUGUAGAAACUCAGUCAGAUUUGAAAUUUAGAGAAAUGCAGUUAAACUUAGAAUUUCAAGAAAGUGAAUGGGAGAGGAAAGAAAGAAUACGGUUAGAAGAGAAAAAGUUAGAAAUAGAGAGAGAGAAAAGAGAGAGAGAGAAAAACAAAUACAAUAUGAAUUAG